CGACACCAUAACACGUACACCAAACUCAAACUGGAAUAUACCGCAUUCCCUGCGUACCUAGCCACGCUCGUCUUGUUGUGAUUUCCAGUGACAUUUGCUCCUGCUUUGGCGUAAAAAAGACACAUUCCAAACAACGGUGUAGAAUUUAAUUUAGAGAUUAACCGUAUGGCACACCUGUUGUGUGAAUUCAUGUAUUUGUUUGUGGCCAGUCAAAUGUGUUCGUACAACAAAACGUUUGCAAAGAUGGCAUUGUGCUUGAUCACACAUCACGUGAAAAUACUGGUCCCGUUAGUAAUUAAAAUGCUUUCAUUCACACGAGUGCUGAAUGAUUAGAAAGGUGUUAAGGUGAGCAUAGGUAACUUUGAGAAAGGUGUUCUGUUGCCAUAUUGCCAAAUGUAUUAUUUUUGCAAUCCAAAAAUAUCUAAAUUAAUUGUAUAAACACUUUGCAUAUUUAGAUAGUGGAAAUCCAUAACUACUGGAUGUUAUGUAUCCUGCCAAUUCAAUUAUAAGAAACUAAAAUUGUUAAAACUUUGCUGAAAAACUCAAGUGGCAUGUUUGCCCACGUGACAACUUGAUUAGAUUGGCCCUGUCGGGUGGUGGAGGGUUCGAGUUAAAGAAAAAAAUGACACGAUUUAGCCAAAAAAAGAAUUUAUGAAUCUGCAUGUUUUUUUUUCUCUAAAUCAGCUAUCUCUUCAUCAUUAUACAAAGUUACAUUUUUCUGUAUUUUUUCCUUGCGGCCACCGGGGAUCUUAACUGCUUAAAGAACACUUACAGAACUGGUCUCAGUGUUGACAGACUGGUUUUAUGGUUUGAUAACCCAACAGCUCAAGUCUCUCCACGACAAAAAAUUACAGUGUAGUAGUUCCAAUAAAAUAAUGUACACUACAACCUUCAUCAAUCCGCUGCUAAAUGAAGACGUCUAUACGCUUCGUCAGUCAGUCAAAGUUACUCGGCGAGAAACUAAAAUAAACCCUGGCUGGGCUCAAGUCACGAAAACACCCUCGCUACACAGCCCUUCCAUUGCUGGCAGCACGCUUUUGCUGCCACACUUUGCUACGUGUGAAUUGCUCGGUCGCAAGCGUUCGCGAUGGGAAGCCCCGAUUAGCCCCCCCCCCCCCCCCACCAUGCAUGCGCUAUCGCGAUGUGCGGCGGUAGCGCCUGCCCUGUGGCGCUUUUUUUUCUGCCCCCUCCGCGUAUGCAUUAAUUCAUGAAUAAUAAUCAUUGCACAGCUGCCGGAGGCGGGCGCGCAUUUGCGCGUCCCCGCCCUGUGGACGCGCGUUUCGGAGCGCGAGCCGAGCCGAGCUUUGAGCCGAGCACGCGGACAGGUCCCAAGUUUGGGUUUGGUCGCUCGGCUCGGCUCGCUCGGGUCAGUCGCUGAUGUUGCGCAACCUAGCCGUGGUGGCCUAAGGAUGACCGUGCUGCUGCAUCUGUGCGUGAGCUUCGCCUUAACCCUGCGCACCUACGAAGGGAACAGGCAGCCCCGGGUUUGCUCUGCCGAGGUGCAAGCACCACGGGGAGGAGACGAAGCUGGCAACGAGACUGAUGUCCUCAUCCACAUAUUGGACCCCACUUUGCCCAAGUCAAACAAGUCGCUGUUGAGCCUGCAGUGCACAUGGGCCAGUCAGUCACCAGUCACCGUGCUCAUUUGGGUCAAUCCUCAGCAUCAGGUGGAGGAAGCAGUGUCCACCACCUCACCAUCCCAGCCACGUGCUCCGUCCUCUCAGCCUACCUCUUCCAGGUUUGGGACCGGCAGUUAUGGACCUCAAGAGACAGUGAAAGAAAUACCUCAAGCUACACUGGCCCUACUCACGGCCUCCCUGCAGUCAUCAUCAGAAGACCUCGGGUCACAUGCGCAUGCGGUUGGGUGCGAGGUUUCACUGGACAGCAGUGAGCCCGGCAUUGCUGUGGUCAACACAACAGUCUCUUUACAGGAAUUUACAACGUGCUUCUUCAUGGGCAGACUGACACCAAGAGCCAAUGUCGAUCCAACGGGAGAGCCAAAUGAAGGCCAGAAGGACGAGGAGCUGGCGUUCCGACAGGAGCAGGCCGCGAUCGUGAAAGUCAUUCUCUUCGUGGUGUGCACGAUAGCAGCCAUUGCUCUCAUGGUGUUCGGAGUGUUUGAGGUCAAAAUGGAGCAAAUAAGUGCUGUAGUCUGCAAAUUGAUCAGGGCACGGGAUGGCAGAAGCAAGGCGGUACCUGCUUGUGGUGUUCGUGAAGCCAGGAAUGGGAACACGCAGGAGCAUCGGCACUCGUUUCAGAAGAUCCCUGCUCAUAAAUCCGACUUGAUCCUCGUAGAGACAACGUUUUAGAUUCGUGUGGGCGUUAUGAUCUCAGGAUACACUACUAGGCCUUCCCAAACCUCAGGGGCACCAUAGACGAUACAAAGAUUGACUCAUAAAUGGUGAUCAUUAAAGAGAAAAUUGGGCCACUUUGUACCACUAGCAUGAUUUUUUUCAGCAUAAAGCAACAUUGAUUAAUCCUUAUUCCUGAAUAUCAAGUUGCGUGGAAUUCAUCAUUGUUUAUGUACAUCACUAGCAAGUAUUCAAUUAGACAUGGCUGUUCACUUUAGCUGUAAACAUUUCAAAAUGGAAGUGUAUGUAACAUUUCUGGGUGUUAUCAGAGCCAUGAAUGUUGCAACCUGCAAAGUUUAAAAGUAACAUUGUUUUUCAGGUUGGAUGUGGUUAAGUAUAACUUUACACACUUGUUUAUAAAUUCAAUAACUUUUUAAAAUAUAGUACACAGAUAGGUGAUUUAAAGAGGAAAUCAGGAACAUCGACAUGCUUGGCAUAUCAGGAUGACAUCACCGUUCCUGUGCACAUUCUUGUGAAAGUCACCAACUCAAAAGGGAUGAGAUUAUGUUUUUAUAUUUAUACAGCAGUGUAACGAGGCUACUGUAUACCGGUUCCGUUCUCGCAAGGACUCAUCAGUUCACUGCAGGCAUCAUUGCAUAGUGUUUCCACGAGGGUUGCUACCUUUAUUGGUCUUCCUAGGAUCACGCUUUUGUCGAGGUAGCUAACGUGGAAAAUCUGUCAGUCUUCACGCAACGUCGGGCAGUUGCAUAAUAAUACGCUGCUCAAAAAAAUCUUCCCAUUUGUGUGUCCUCUCUUCUGGUAUUGUGUAAUAUUAUUAUUUUUCCAGUGAUAUGUGCAGUUCUUUUGUAUCUCGGAGGUGGCAACCCUAGACAAUUAAAAAGUCGCAUGAAGUUCGCUAAACAAAAUACAGUAGUUGCAUUCGGCCUCCAUCAGCAAACUCAAAGGCAUAUGAACCUUAUGGCGGGACCCCGGGGUCCCAUAAGCCCCCGGCUCUAGCAUGAACUGCGUUGCGAUGUCAUUUUAUGUCUGUUGAAGGCGAACAAUACGGCAAUCUGUUCCUCUCGACGAGCUCUACACGAUGCGCUAACUCAAGUUUCAAAGUUUUGUUUCUUCUGCGCAUUCGUCCUCGCCGUUGCGCU